AUCUAAAGUUUUGGAUCUGAUAGUUUUAGGAUCAAACAUCUUUGUAGCCUAUCAAAAAUCUUGUAAAACUUACAAAGGUUAAACAAUUAAUUUAAUAUUUUAUAUAUAAUGCAAUAUGCAUAUAUAUCCAAUCUGCACGUGCUUUAUUAAAAUAAUCUCAAUCUAACCUUAAAUUAAUUUAUAUAAUAUGAUAAUUUCUUUAGUUCAUUAAAAUAUAUCUAUAAUUAUUUGUGUAAAUAUAUUUUAGCAAAAAAUAUAUCAUUACAAUGGCUAUGCAAGUUCCUACAAAUGUGGAUCCUGAACAAAUUAAAUCUGUUCGAGAUUUUGUGGCAUCUUAUAAUAAAUUGAUAGAAACAUGUUUUCUUGACUGUAUAAAUGAAUUUACUACACGAGAUGUCAAAGCAAAAGAAGAAACUUGUGCUCUAAACUGCAUGGAAAAAUAUUUAAAGAUGAAUCAAAGAAUAUCACAACGGUUUGAAGAAUUUCAAAUGCUUGCUAAUGAAAAUAUACUUGCAGCUCAAAAAAAAUUAGAUAGUAAAGAGUCUUAAAUAUUGUAUUAAUAAAAAUAUAUAAAUUAAAUAUUUUU